AUGCUUGGUCAACAGAUCACAAACUUUGUUUGUAUCAAUGAUCAAAAACAAAUCAAGUCCCAACUUAAAUUGAUGACAUCAGGUCAAGGUUCAUUAGUUUGGCAAGACCAUAUUGAGUUGAUCAAUGAUCUUGGUAAAUCCGUUCCAUUCUCGGUUACAAUGAUUGGUAUGAAAGACAAUGAUAAUUCCAAUGAACUUAAUUCUAUUGUCUUUAUUCUUACAAACGAAACAGGAGAAAUCAAGAAACGAACAGCUGCAGAAAACGCGAAACAACGAAGUGAAAAACUUCUUUACCAGAUUCAUCCAAAAGACAUUGUUGUUCGCUUAAACCGAGGUGAGAAAGACAUUUCAUUCACAAUCCCUCAAGCUACAAUUUUCUUCAUCGACAUUGUCAAGUUCUCAGUUUAUUCAUCAUCACUUACUCCAGGGGAAAUCAUGAGUAAUCUUAGUUUAGUUUUCUCAACAUUUGACAAAAUUGUUUCUAAGUAUGAUCAAAUCACAAAGAUCAAACUCAUUGGUGAUGUCUACAUGGCAGCCGCAGGUUUAUUCCAAUCAUCAGAUAACAACGACCAUAAGAUGCAUGCUAUUCAAUCCGUCAAAUGUUGUUUAGAUGUUCAACGAAUCAUGGAUGACAUCAACACAAAACCUGAGUCAUCAUUAGAAGUCCGUAUUGGUAUCAACACCGGUGGUCCUCUCAUUGGUGGUGUUUUAGGUACCGACAAACCAACAUUCGACAUCAUUGGUGAUCCUAUCAACAUCGCAAGUCGUCUUCAAAGCACGGACAUUCCAGGUCGUGUUCAGAUCUCACAAGACACUAAAGAGAUUAUUUGCGACAUGGAUUUCAUCAUCGAAGAACGAGGCGAAGUUUAUUUGAAAGGCAAAGGCAAUCGCACUACAUAUUUUGUUCGGUAUCCAAACAAAGAACUAGCCACGGAAUCAUUUGCUAUAAACAUGUUCUCAGGCAAAAUAUAG